AACCGAUAUCUGGAAGUCCGAACACACACACACACACACACACACAGUUAGUUACUGCAGUAUAUAGAUACAUUUAGAGAUAAUCGUGCUGUGAAUAUCAAACAAAAGAUUGAGAAAUAUGUACUAUAGUUUUGCUCCUCUGCUCUGAAUCUCACUCUACACCCUAACAACUCCGACAUUCGUAGCUCUCUGUUUAGAGCUACUGAUUGAUUAAGGUAAAGAAGUGCACAAUGUCUUGGAAGAGCAGGGGAGCAGAGCCAACUUCAAAGAACAUUGUGUCUCGAAAAUUGACUAUUUUACUCUGUUUUGGCUGCUUCUGUGCUGGGAUGUUCUUCACUGACCGCAUGUGGACAGUGCCAGAAGCUAAAGGCAUGUUAAGGACAAAAGGGAUUGAAGAUGAAAAGCUAAAGUUGGUCUCAAACGGUUGUGAUCCAAGAUUAAAGGAUGUAAAGACGGAGUCCAAGAAGUCCAAGGACAUUUUAGGGGAAGUUUCAAAGACGCAUCAUGCUAUACAAACACUUGAUAAGACAAUUUCAAAUUUGGAGAUGGAAUUAGCUGCUGCAAAGGCCAUGCAAGCUUCUAUUCUCCGUGAUUCUCCCCUGUCUGAAGAUUUGAGGAUUCCUGAUGUAACUAAGAAAAGGAAGUAUUCAAUGGUCAUAGGCAUUAACACUGCUUUUAGCAGCCGAAAGAGAAGAGACUCUGUCCGUGCUACUUGGAUGCCUCAAGGUGAUAAACGAAAGAGGCUAGAAGAAGAAAAGGGCAUUAUAAUUCGAUUUGUGAUAGGGCACAGUGCUACAUCUGGCAGUAUUCUUGAUAGAGCUAUUGAAGCAGAGGAUGGGAAGCAUGGGGACUUGUUGAGGCUGGAACAUGUUGAGGGGUACCUUGAACUGUCUGCCAAGACAAAGUCAUUUUUCACUACAGCUGUUGCUUUAUGGGAUGCAGAUUUCUAUGUUAAAGUAGAUGAUGACAUACAUGUAAAUAUAGCAACACUGGGAGCAACUUUAGGUAGGCAUCGUUCAAAACCCCGGGUGUAUAUUGGAUGCAUGAAAUCUGGUCCCGUCCUUGCUCAAAAGGGAGUGAGAUAUCAUGAACCUGAGUACUGGAAAUUUGGUGAGGAAGGAAACAAAUAUUUUCGCCAUGCUACAGGGCAGUUAUAUGCCAUUUCAAAAGAUUUGGCUACUUACAUAUCAAUCAACCAGCAUGUGCUACACAAGUAUGCUAAUGAGGAUGUCUCAUUGGGAUCUUGGUUUAUUGGAUUGGAUGUGGAGCACAUAGAUGACCGGAGAUUAUGUUGCGGAACCCCACCUGGUAACAAUACACUAUUAUGUAGUUUUAUUUGCUUAAAUUCUCAGCUUACUCACAAGAGACCAAUCACAGUGAAGCUAGUCAUGUUUUGGUGCAAUGCAUCAGCACACCUUGUCACUACCCCCUGUUCUAUGUCAUUGACUGUGAGUGGAAGGCACAGGCAGGCAACAUCUGUGUUGGUUCCUUUGAUUGGCGUUGCAGCGGAAUUUGCAACUCUGCUGAUAAGAUUAAGGAGGUCCAUCGACGGUGUGGGGAAGGUGAGAAUGCUCUGUGGAGUACAGUUUCCUGAGAAAGGGAAACUUGUUCAACCUCUGGAAGAUGCACGUACGUACGAGCUACGAGUUUGUAUUAAGGAUUUGAUUAUUUAA